CGGAAAGUCAUCUCACCAGACCCAUGUGACCGGAAAUCACAGCCUCAGUGUCCUCCAUAUACGUUGCUAAUUUGCGGCAUUCAUCAGAUCAGCCAUUGGCGACCUCAAUCAAGCUCGUUUAUAUCUCUCUUCUGCCGCAACCCAGUUCCGCAAUUCCACUGAUAGUGUCGAAAAACGAGAACCCAGUUGGAUUAAUCUGCGGAACCAUGUCGAAUCCGGCGGAGUUCUCCGAUGGAAGGAGGGCCGGCAAGUCGCCGGAAAAGUCCAACUUCGCGCAGACUUGCAACCGGCUGAGUCAGUACCUCAAGGAAAGGGGUAACCUGAGAAAUCUCGGCCUUGAAAUGGCUGGGAAGCUGGAACCUAAAGCCACAAAAAAUUUGCUUCCGAACAUGGAAAACCCCGGCGAAACGGCAACACAACAUGGGCAUAUGGAUCUCCUUAAAGAUUCACCGGAAAAUACAAACAAGGCCGCUUCCGGCAGGAAGCCGGUGACGAUCGACUUGGAACCGGAAACAGCCCAAAUGACGAUUUUUUACGGGGGGAAAGUUCUGGUGUUUGAUAGUGUUCCGGCCGAGAAAGCGACGGAGCUCAUGGCGUUGGCCGGCGGCGGGGAAAGCCGGGUGAAUUCCAGCGAGUCUCGGCAGGCGGCUGGGCCAAAUCCUGGCCCAGAACAAGCUCAGCCACAGCCUAAUAAAGCGAUUGGUUCUGGCGUGCCCAUAGCAAGAAGAGCUUCGCUCCACCGGUUCAUGGAGAAGAGGAAAGACAGGGUGACUGCGAGAGCGCCAUACCAAGUACAGGGGGGACCAUCCACAUCCAGGUCCAAGGACGAUGAAGAACUUGCACUCAAGUUAUAGCCCUGCUGGAUGAAACCCAUCAAUUUUUCCUCUUUCCACUGUUUCUUACCAUCCAAACAAGCCCUUAGAAUUAACAUAACAAUUAAUUCCCCCUAUUUAGGGUUUCUUUUCUUAUUAGGCUGUCACUUUCUGUAGAUGCUAUAUAUGUUAAUGGACUUGUAGUCCCCCCAGUUUGAAGCUUCCUAGCUAGCAGCUAGCUUUGUCCUAACUUAGACAUUACAUGAAUUAAAUCCCAUUUCCCAUUGGUGGUUCAGUAUA